UUGGUGCAUUCACAAUAAAUAUAUAACAAUUUUUGUCUGUUCUAAAUAUCUGUCGCCUAAUUCUUCUCAGAAUAGUAAAUUCUGCAAGCGAAUACCCUGCUCCAUCCUGUUCGUCCGUAGGAAAUAAAAACAGGGACCUUCGAAUUUAUCCCCCACUUCGCUUCCGUUUCCUUGUGAAUCGCUAAGGCUUUUUCCAGAUAGAAACCAUUGACCGGUUGUAAUGGAGCAUGAAUAUGGAGUAUCUCCUGGAUCCAGGUAACAGCACGACGACCCACCAUCGUACACCGAAGUGAUGAGGAUUCCCGGUGUCAUCGGACCGAGUUCACGGAAUACGCGUAGACAAUCUUUGUUAACUCCAUCACCUACUACACUGGUUCUUGGCGAGGUUUAUGUGGCACCGGAGACCGAUGCUGACGAACCCGCUUUCAACCGACACUGUUUCAGGUGCCGGUGUGUCAUCAUGUUCCUAAUUGUCUUUGGAGCUGCAGCACUGGCAUGGAGCCCUAGCGAUUCAACGUCCUACAAAAGUGACAUAAGAAAUCCUGAUGUACAAACUGAGGCGGACAACGCAAUGUGGACGACUCUACGGACUAGUUUCAUUGGGCUAAUACUAACAGUCGGUGUGUUAUGCUAUCUUAUAGAUGCUUUCACCAACGACUACGCCAGAACGCUAUACGAUUUCAAGCGUUUGAAAAACCACCUGGAUAAAAUUAGAGAAGGUAAACCGAAAAUAAUUUGGCACAUGACAUGCUUCCACCGUGAUAACUUUCCCGCAGUUAUCAAUGAUACGGAAGCGAGUAUAGCGCCCACAACCCGAAAUAACAAAGUAACGACUUGGAACGGUGCGCAGGAAUUUCACUUUUCUUCGUGGGCGAAUGUCACACCCGACCAGCAGCACAAAUUAAGUGGACUACGAGAAAUCCAAUUCCGGAAAUCCGUAAUCUUAGCUGAUACCGCUACACGAGAAGCUUAUCAUGCGCAGAAGUUGGCCUUUAUCCACGCCAAUCGAGGUCGCGAUGCUGAGUAUGCCAUCGAGGAUAUCAUUGCAACGCCGGGCUACAUACGCAGCUUGACGGCGGUGACGUCCUUCGCCAGUGGUUGUUGUUACUGUUGCUUGUACAUAUUCAUAGUGGUUUCGUUAUUGUUGUAUCCCUGGCUGGCGUUUGCACCGUGCUGCGUUCAGUCGGUCGAAUUUCGGCACGUUUUCAAAGUGUCGAUCAACAAUGCUGUACAAGAAUAAGAUUUACAUAGUUCGUGUGUUUGCUGUGCAAAGUAUAGUAU